UCACCAUGCGCCCCCACCGGACAAGUCAGAGACGGCACCACGUGUACUGUGUUGACUGUCAAAGUCCUGGGGAACCCAACACCCGGAAGUUGUGAGUUCUGGGGGACAUUUGUGCGCUCCAGUGCCCGGGAUCUGCGAAUCCCCAACCAUGAGCGCCCCGGGCGUGCUGUCCUUUACCCAGCAAGGCUGGGAGCAGGUGCUGGCCAAAAUGAAACGGGCUGUGGUCUACCUGGACGCCGCGUGUGCCGAGAGCCUGCACUGGAGCUGCGGAUCCACCCGGCUCCUGGAGGCGGUGGGGGGUCCUGCGUGUCACCUGCGGGAGUUCGAGCCCACAGCAGUUGGUGGCGGAGCGGAGCAGCCUAAGGCGGUGUUUGUACUAAGCUGCCUGCUGAAAGGACGGACCGUGGAGACUCUACGGGACAUCAUCUGCCGCAGUCACUUCCAGUAUUGUGUGGUGGUCACCGCGGUGAACCACGCUGUCCACCUCACGGCUAACCACGUGCCGGCAGCGGCAGCGGCGGAGAUGGAGGGACAGCCGGUAUUCGAGCAGCUGGAGGAGAAGCUGUGUGAGUGGAUGGGCAACAUGAACUACACCGCUGAGGUGCUGCAUGUCCCGUUGUUACUCGCUCCUGUUGCUCCCCACCUUGCCUUGACUCCAGCCUUUGCUUCCCUUUUUCCCCUGCUACCCCAGGAUGUGCAUCUCCUUAACAGUAUCCGACCCGACAAGAGGAAACUGGGAAGCCUGGGUGAGGUGGAUGCCUCUGCGCUGACCUCUGAGCUAUUGCUGCAGAUCAGGUGCCUGGUGUCAGGCCUCAGUUCUCUGUGUGAGCAUUUAGGGGUUAGGGAGGAGUGUUUUGCUGUGGGUUCCCUCAGUAGGAUCAUCGCUGGAGAUCUGGCCAAUUAUGCCCCUGCCAAGAACAGGAGGAAGACUGCCACUGGCAGGGCAUCAGUAAUCUUUGUGGACAGAACUUUGGAUCUCACAGGAGCAGUAGGACAUCAUGGCGAUAGCUUGGUAGAGAAGAUUUUUUCAGUGCUUCCACAGCUUCCAGGCCACACCAACGAUGUGAUGGUGAACAUGGUGGAACUCACAGCCCUCCCCACUGAGGACGAGAAUCAGAAUGUGGUUGCCCCAGGCUGUCUUGCACAAUCCAGUGACACUGCAGCCAAAGCUCUGUGGGAAGCCUUAUUGAACACCAAGCACAAAGAGGCAGUGAUGGAAGUCCGGAGACAUCUAGUGGAAGCAGCAAGCAGGGAAAACCUGCCAAUCAAGAUGAGUAUGGGGAGAGUCACUCCGGGGCAACUCACAUCCUAUAUCCAACUUUUCAAGAACAAUCUCAAAGCUCUAGUGAAUCAUUGUGGGCUCCUACAGCUUGGGUUGGCCACAGUUCAAACCCUGAAACACCCACAGACUGCCAAGUGGGACAACUUCCUGGCUUUUGAAAGGCUCCUUCUUCAGAGCAUUGGGGAGUCUACCAUGUCUGUGGUGUUAAAUCAGCUGCUGCCCAUGAUUAAGCCUUCGAAGCAGAGGACCAAUGAUGACUACAGUCCUGAAGAACUGUUGAUUCUCCUGAUAUAUAUUUAUUCUAUCACUGGGGAGUUCACUGUGGACAAAGAUCUGGGGGAAGCUGAAGAAAAAGUGAAGAAAGCACUGACUCAGGCCUUUUGUGAGGAGUCUGAAUUGUCACCUUUGCUGCAAAAGAUUACAGGCUGUGACUCUUCAAUUAACCUGACAUUUCACAAAUCCAAAAUUGCUGUGGAUGAACUCUUUACUUCGCUUUGGGAUAUUGCUGGAGCUCGGAAUCUCAUGAAACAGUUUAAAUCUGUAUAUGUUCCUGGAGAUCAUACCCACCAGGCGACCUACAAACCAUUGUUGAAACAGGUUGUGGAGGAAAUAUUUAAUCCUGAGAGGCCAGAUCCAGUUGAUAUCGAGCAUAUGUCUUCAGGCCUGACUGAUCUUCUUAAAACUGGAUUCAGCAUGUUCAUGAAGGUGAGCCGGCCUCAUCCCAGCGACCACCCUCUCCUGAUCCUCUUCGUGGUGGGCGGUAUCACAGUCUCUGAAGCCAAGAUGAUCAAAGACCUUGUGCUGUCCCUGAAGUCAGGAACCCAGGUCAUCGUGCUGUCCACGCGACUCCUGAAGCCACUCCACAUUCCGGAGCUGCUCUUUGCAACUGACCGGCUGCAUCCAGACCUUGGCUUCUGAGCUUCUGCUGUGGCGAUGAGGCCCACCUGAGCCGGAAUGCUCUUGUCGGUCGCCAUUCAACAUACGCCCAGUCCAGCGUCCCCAUUACUAGUUUUGGGAUGGAUUCCGCCCACCGGGGUGGAUUCUGCAGUGAAGUACCAUGCCUGAUUGCUGCAUUUCUUAAAAUGUUGGUUUUUUUUUUUUUUUAAUUUUUCUUAAAGUGUUAGACUUUCUCAGCUGACCUGUUUAGUGAUCAUUCCUACUUCUCCUUAACCCUCUAUUUGUGAUCGUCCUGAUUUCACCUGCAAGUUGAUGAAUUCCAAAUAACUGCCUGUUGGCAGGUGUUGCUAGAUAACAAGCCAUUUGCUCUGUAGUUGCUUGAGAAGUUAGAGGUGCUUUAAAAUUAUGAAUGUGAGGAAAGUUUGUUUUUUCUUAAGAUUAUAUAACCAAGGAGGGACCAUCACAAGUAGGAUCCGAGGCUUUGUUUUUCUCUUGAUCUGAGAUCUUGAUUCUGCAAGGCAGGGAAGGUAGCAACUAGGCAGGGCUAGUAGUCUGCCCGCUGUAAAUGGUUUCCCCCUCACAAAGGGCUCCAUUGUUCCCGUCUGCUCGCCUGGCAGGACUGCCAGCCCACUGGAAUGGGAGUCAGAGAAAUUGUCUUGGGGGCUGUCUGCCCAUGAAAGGCUUCCUCCCUUCCCAAGGGAAGACCCCAAUAAAGACAUCUGGCCCCAGGGCUUCUAGAUUGGAACCCAACUCCUGUGAUUUUUGUGAUUUCAUUUCUAUUGAAAUACAAAACUUUCUUUUCUAGAAAUUAAAAGUUUCUCUUUGACACAAGCAGAAAAAAACCCAGACCCACCAAAUGAAAUUAUAUAAGGAUUUUGGCAACAGUGAAUUGCUUGGAAUCCACACAUUUAUAAGUGUGUGGUUAAUGGAAAAUUCUAGCAUCUCUAAAGGAUUUUUGGAAUAAAGAGUUAAAGCUGAAAAAGUUUCUAGUGUGGAAUAAACAGACAGAGGAAAUAAAAUGUAAACUAAACACUACAUGUCUUAAUUUUAAUCCUCUACAUGCAACUGCCAGUUUAUGAAAAACACUGUGAAGUUGGAAAUCAUUCUAAGACAAAAUCAAAGCAGGCUUUGUAGACAUCCAUGUUCUUUUUCUUGCCCGAGUAUCUUUUCCACCCAACACUAGCUCUUUCCAAGUGCUGAAAUAUUGCAGGCCUCAGUUGCUUAUUUCAUUCCACCAACCUAGAACUUUUGAAUUUAAAUAAGGAGGAAAAUGGCACAGCCCAAAAGGAUAAUUAAAGCAGAGAGCGCUAUUUUCUAAAAAAAAAAAAAAAAAAUUAAGAAGUAACCUGUUCAGUCAGUCACUUAUUCAUUCCCAGAGAUGGGGUGAGCACCUGGCAUGUUCCUGGAACUGGCCCUGCUCAGUUUCAAGCCUUGGGGCUGCCUGAGCCAGGCGUGUCCCUGACUCGGCUCUCACAGAACGAGCAGCUGCUGCUUCUCCUGAUGCUGGAGCCUGUAAGAGUUUCUGCUCAAGGUUAAGUUUUAAACCAUAUGUCAGUAUACAAAGGACACUCUAGAAAUAUAGAAAUCAAACUGCUAACAAGUGGCUACCUCUGGGAAGGACCAUAGAAGGCAAGGGCUGAGAAAGAGUAUCCUUCAGUGUUGUUUUAAUUUUUUUCACAGCAGACAAGUAUUUGUGUCUAGCUUUUGCGGCUUUAACAUAAUUUUACAAGUUAUUUUUUUCUUUUAAAAAAGAAUUUUCACAAGUUGUUAAUAUGAAAUGAUCAAAGGAGGAAGUUCCUGAUUGUGACUGUUAAUUUUUAAGCAAAUACUUAAAUGUGAAAUGUGGCUAAAGGCAGUCUCUGAGAGGUGGGGGCAAAUGUCAAAAGUUUGGUUUAUAAUUUAAAGAAGUUAGUUUAUGGUAUUUCCCCCAUCUCUGUGGUCCCUGGUUGUAGGGACUAAGCUAGGCAGACAGUGCAAUUGCAUUAUAAGAGGCUUUGGAGAAAAGGUGAGUUGGAAGAAGUUUGUGGUAUCCAGAGUUUAGUUUGAAUAAGAAGGUAGGAGGUGCAGCACAGACUGAUGUCCCUUGAAUAAGAAGCAGGAACAUAAUAGACACUUGGUAUAAAUCCUGCAAAGGGCCUUCAACAGAUAAAGCUAAAAAAGGAGGCUCAGGAAAUGCAGUGUGGCUUCUUGGUAGUAGCCUGGAACAUCUGAGGUACAGUCUUCCUAUGGGGGAGAAGAGGGUGGGGAGAAGCCCCUUCCCCCACCCUCGGUGAAGGAGCAGUGGUUAAUCAGAGACCUAGAGACUUCUCUAGCUCAGACUUCUUCUGAGUCUCAGUGUCUACAUCUGUAAAAUACAGAGGAUAACAAAUGGUACUUAGGUCAUGAGAGGUUUCUCAAGGGCAGCCAUUCCUAACACCGUGGCUAGCACGUGACACAAAGGAAUGUGAGUUCAUACUGCUGAGAACACCACAGAAGUUACCUCACUAAAUGAUAAAGUAUCAACAGGAGAGUGAUGUCAAAUGAAAAGAAUAUUCAGAGGCAUUCCUGGAGUUCACAAGGAGGUGAAAAAAUGGAGGAGGAAUGACAUAUUGGCCCAUAGUUCUAAUUGAGUAUAGCCCAGAGGCCAGGAGCAGUGCCCGGAGCUAUCCCCCACGGCCUAGGUUCCAGUGCCACCCCUUCCACACAGUAGUCCACUUCUCCCAUUGUUGUAGAGCAGCCCCGAUACAAAACGGGGUGCCUGACUGUGGGUCCUCACCCGCGCGCUUAAAAGGACUUAUCAAUGCUCUCCUGCAGGCACACGCGAAAGGUUAAUAAAAGGUUUAUUUACAAGGGAAGGGGAAAUGAGGAAAUGUACAGCUCAGGGAGAAAAGUGGGAGACAAAGUUUUAAAUGAGUCCUACCCGAUCUGCCAAUCAGGAAUCCCAAAAUGGCGUUCUGAGAGCUGGCCGCGAGCCAGGAGCCAUGAAGCCAGGAGUCGAGCGAUUGUGAGCCACCCCAAGGCCCACGUGUUUGGUUUUUAUAUCCAACCUGGCUGCCCAACUCCACCCUCAGGUCCCAGCCACCCUCCCUUUGGUGGUGAUGGGAUUUGUCUUUCCCAAUGUCUUGAUGGCUUUAGUCUGGAGUGGGGGUGGGGUCCACAAAGCCUGUAUGGGAUUAGCUCAGGACAUCUUUUCCCCCUAACACCAUCUCAGUUGACUGUGAAAUUGGACAGUGACAAAUUGGACUGUGAAAUUAGACAGUGCUUUACAGUGAGUGUAAAGCGCUCAGAAAAUGGCACAUGGCAAGCUGGCCAGGUGCCUAUAAGAAUUGCCACCAUAGGCAGUUCAUGCAAGGCCCUCAGUCUCUAAUAGAACUUUCUCUGUCACUAAUGAUAGCCCUGGAGUAGGUGAAGUAGGCCUGUGGUUUCUGAGGCUGACACCCUGAUUUUAUCACUUCAAUCUCGUGCAAAUGUACCAAUUCUAAAGGAAUUCCCCACUACCAGAUAUUAGCCACCUGAAGGUAGUUUAAAAGGUGAAGUGGUAGAGCUGGUUUCUCUGCCCUCCAUCCUGGGUCUGAGUGCUUACCAUCUAAAUUCUGGCUGGUCAGAGCCAAAACAAGCACAUGCAAAUGCAAAUGCAAAUCUUCUGCCAAGAACCUCACAGGCCGCUCUAUAAACACAAUUGACUGAGGUGUAAAUACUCAGUAUCCAUUGACUUCCGCCUUUGUAAACUCUCCUUCUGGAGUCCACUUCCACAAACACAACAUGCACAACAAAGUGUUCAGAGGUGCUGGGUGCUGCCUCCGGUCAAGAGUUGUCCCCAGAGGGCCAGGGCCUGUGGAAAUGACUCUGUUUACACCAGGACCCUCCAUUACAAUGUUAUCCCAGUAACAAAGAAUUCCAUGGAACUCCCUCAAGACUACUAUUAUUUAUUUUACCCUGGUUACUAGAAACAGAAUCUCAACAACAAAUAAUCCAGUGUUACAAAUGUUGUCUGCUAUGCCCGCCUGAGAAACAUCUUGAAAACUCUAUUUUAAAUGGAAUUUAAGAAGAUAAAAUCAGAAGAUAGAGUACUUGAG